GUGGAUAGGUAUUCAUCAAAAGCAAGAUCGAAUUCCAGAUCUAAGCAAAUACAGUAAAAUAUCUCAGACGGUUCUACGUUUCCAAGAAAAACAAGAAGAAAAUGGAUAACUCGCAGAAGAUGAGCUACCACGCUGGUGAGGCCAAGGGCCAAGCUCAGGAGAAGACCAGCACCAUGAUGGACAAGGCAGGGAAUGUUGCACAGUCCGCCAAGGAAUCGAUGCAGAAUGCUGGCCAAGCUAUUCAGCAAACGGCUGCGGGAGCUGCUGACGCCGUCAAGAAUGCUACUGGCAUGAACAAGUGAUUGAGGCUAGCUGUUAUGAUGGCAUCUAUGUUUAUGUUUAAGCUUUUUUAGUCUUUUUUUAUAAAGAAGAGAAGCUCUAGUCCUCUAAGAUCGAGCUCUAGAGUUCUCCUCAUUUGGUGCGUGUUAUUUCACAUACCCACUUUCAUUUGGUUCUGGUUCAGUUAUUUGUUAAUGUUGUGUUAUUGCUCUCUUUUUCCCCCUUUUGGAUAAGGAAGAGAGCGCUUUGUGUUUGUUGUAGUUCUCACCUCAUUUAUGAAAAAUUGUUCCUAAAUGUGACCA